UUCAUGUGAAUGAAUAUGGAAUAUUUACUGCUUUCCCCCUUCCUUUUAGAUUCUGUCAACCAAUGGAAAGCAGAAGGCCACAAAGCAGUCUGGCUACAUGUUCCUAUUCUCCAAAGCAAAUUUAUAACUGCUGCUGCUGAGCAAGGCUUUACCUUCCACCAUGCGGUAUCAGACUCUGCUACACUGACUUUAUGGCUAGGAGAAGGACUCAGCAAGUUGCCUCAUUAUGCUACUCAUCAAUUAGGUGUUGCAGGUGCUGUAUUAGAUGUUAACACUGGGAAAGUAUUGGUUGUACAAGACCGAAAUAAAACUACAAAUUUAUGGAAAUUUCCAGGAGGACUGUCUGAACCAGGUGAAGACAUAGGAAACACAGCCAUUCGAGAGGUUUUUGAAGAGACUGGUAUAAAGUCAGAGUUCAAGUCCCUCAUAAGUAUACGGCAGCAACACAGACACCCUGGAGCCUUUGGGAAGUCCGAUAUGUAUAUCAUCUGCCGCCUGGAGCCCUCCUCUUUCAACAUCAGUUUCUGCCAACAGGAAUGCCUGAGGUGUGAAUGGAUAGACCUAGCUGAGCUUGCCAAGACAAAAGACACUACUCCAAUCACCAGCAAUGUAGCUAGACUACUUCUCUAUGGAUACAAAGAAGGGUUUGAUAAAAUUGAUCUAACUAUGAAGGAAUUUCCAGCCAUCUACACUGGCCUUUUCUAUAAACUGUACCAUAGAGAAUUACCAGAGGAUUACAGAAAUAUCACAAACUUACAAUAAAUUUGGGGAAGGCGUGGUA